UGCUUCGUCAGAUGUGCCUCAAAGGAUAUAAAAGCAAAGGUUGCUUGGGCGCACAAGGCAUUCCUGCUGGGACCUGGUUCAGAGGCAACAUGGAAGGGGAAUUCACUGGAAAAGAGGUUUACAGGCAGCAUUUUGACCCCAAAGGGUAUUUGAAAGUGCACAUGCCUUUUGGAUCUGGCAGCCCUGCAGUGCGCGAGGGAGGCUUUGCUUUCAUUCUGGAGAACCUGCACAAGGCAUUCCUGCUGGAUGGCAUCCAAGGAGAGACCCUCAUUGACAUUGGCAGUGGGCCCUCCAUCUACCAACUCCUCUCCGCCUGUGAAUCCUUCCAAGAGAUCAUUGCCACCGAAUUCCUUGAGCAGAACCGGGAAGAGAUGCAAAAGUGGCUGAAGAAGGAUCCGGAAGCCUUUGACUGGACCUUGAUGGUAAAAUACAUCUGUCAGCUGGAGGGGGACAGAGAGAAGUGGAUGGAGAAGGAGGAGAAGCUCAGGAAGACCAUCAAGCAGGUUCUGAAAUGCGAUGUGACCCAGGCCAACCCUCUGGAUCCGUUGGUGCUCCAACCGGCCAGUUGCGUCCUCACUACUUUCUGCCUGGAAUCGGCUUGCAAAGACCUUCCCACCUACCGGUCAGCCUUGAAGAAUGUGGGCUCCUUGGUCAAGCCUGGUGGCCACCUCAUCUUUGUGGUAGCCCUUAGAGAAACCUACUACAUGGUUGGCCAAGAGAAGUUCUCUUGUCUUUACCUGGAGCCGGAGGUGGUAGAAGAGGCUGUGAAAGAGGCCGGCUUUGGGAUCGUGUGCUUUGAGAGGUUUGAGGUGAAUUUUACCAGGGGAAUUGCCGACGCCCAGAGUAUAGGAUUUCUGGUAGCCCAAAAGCACAAUGAAGCCUAGGAGCCUAGUUGGAAAAGGGAAGGGAGGCAAUUAUUCUUUCCUGAAAGGAAACAAAUAAUAAUAGGGUUUUUUUGUGGGUUUUUUGA